GCUCACCACGGGACCUCAAGGGACGCACUUGGGCAGCCCCGCCUGCCGGCGCCCUCGUCUCCCACCCUCUCCGCCCCGCCUGGCGCACUGCGUGGUUUGCUUAGUUUCCCGGACCUGGCAGAGCGGUGGCUGCGUUGAGGACGCACGGCACCCGUCCCGCGCCCUGUGGUCGGGGAGGCUCCGGGCCCACCCCCAGUGCAGGCCUCCGGGUGGGCGGACGCCGCCAGCGCCGCAGGUGCAGCCCAGACACAGCGCGCCGAUUGAUUGCUCUUUUGCCGUGAGCAAGUGACAGCAAGGAUUUGAAACUGACCAAAGAGGGUCUUAACCUUCAUAUUAUAAGCCAAGACGCUGGAGUGAGAAACAAUGCAGGACAAAAGAGAGGACUGCAGAAAAACGUAAUGUUUCUGGAGUACCGAGUUCUGUGCAGAGGGUGGACCUGAUUGUGGUCUGGGGCCUAGGGACCAGAACGUCCAGAAGAAGGGUGACAAGGGGCCCUUCGACAUGGAGGCAGUGGAUGAAAGCAGAAUGAGAUGUGUGGUCAAGAUGGAAAAGCAGGACUGGCAGGACAGAAGAUAAAACCUGAUGCCCACUCAAGAGAGAAGCUUAACAGGAGACUCGCUCAAAGCUGGGACUCUGGAGGACUACAUUCUCCAUAUAAAGUGGAAUACCACAGGGGAACUACAGCUACAGGGAACACCAUUAACAGAAUGUUGAGUACAGGAAGUGAGUCACUGCAGAUGCAGAUCUGUGGAACCAGAAUUGCGUCUGGAGCAACUGAGAAGCCAUUCUAGGCUCUUGGCCCAGUGUCUUGGCAGCAAGUUUGACCUGAAGAUGGCACUCAGGGCCCUGUGGGGCAGCCUCAGCCUGCUCCGUCUGCUGUGGUGUCUCCUUCCGCAGACGGGCUAUGUGCACCCAGAUGAGUUCUUCCAGUCACCUGAGGUCAUGGCGGAGGACAUCCUGGGUAUAGAAGCUGCACGGCCAUGGGAGUUUCACCCCACCAGCUCCUGCCGCACGGUGGUCUUCCCACUGCUGACCUCCGGCUCUGCCUUCUGGCUGCUCAGGCUCUGGGAACAGUGGGGGCCAUGGCCGGGCCCGGUGAGCGGCUAUGUGCUGCUGGUAGGACCCCGGCUCCUCCUCACUGCCCUCUCCUUUGCCCUGGACAUGGCCGUGUACCACCUGGCCCCGCUGUGGGGGGCGGAGCGCUGGAACGCCCUGGUCCUGCUGUCUGGUUCCUACGUCACUCUGGUCUUCUACACAAGGACCUUCUCCAACACCAUCGAGGGACUGCUCUUUGCCGGGCUGCUGGUGCUGGUGUCCCCCCGGUUAGCUUGGAGCCCCACACCCAAGAAGCCUGCUCCAGGCCCCUGGUGGCACAGCUGGCUUCUCGGGGGCGUCGUGGCUGCCGGCUUCUUCAACCGGCCCACGUUUCUGGCCUUUGCUCUGGUCCCGCUCUUCCUCUGGAGCAUUUGUGGAGCCACAAACCCUGGCUUCAAGUCACUGACGAAGGAAGCCCUGGAGCUGCUCCCAGGGGCAACCCUCGUGGCAGCGGUGUUUGUGGCUAUGGACAGCUGGUAUUUCUCCAGUCCAUCUAGAUCCACUACCCUUGUUCUGACACCCGCCAACUUCUUGUACUACAACCUGGAUCCUCAAAACCUGGCAAGGCAUGGCACACACAUGCGGCUGACUCACCUGGUCGUCAACGGUUUCCUGCUCUUUGGGAUGCUGCAUGCCCGGGCCCUGCAGGCUGCGUGGCAACAGCUGCAAGCCUGCCUCCAGGCCUUUGCACGAACGGGCUUCCCGCGGGCUCUGGGCGGCUGGAGCCUGCUGUCCAGCCCCAGGCCUUGCCUCCUGCUCCUCUACUUCAUGCCUCUGGCCCUGCUGUCUGCCUUUAGCCACCAGGAGGCUAGGUUCCUGAUCCCCCUCCUGGUCCCCCUAGUCCUGCUUUGCAGUCCACAGGCCCAAUCUGUGCCCUGCAAGGGCACCCUGGUCCUCUUCAACAGCCUGGGCGCCCUCUUCUUUGGCUGCCUGCACCAGGGAGGCCUGGUGCCUGGCCUGGAGCACCUGGAGCAGGUGGUUCACGCACCCGUGCUCCCAAGCAUGCCUACCCACUACACACUCCUCUUCACCCACACCUACAUGCCCCCCCGGCACCUCCUGCACCUCCCGGGCCUGGGCUCAGCUGUGGAGGUGGUGGACAUGGGUGGGACGGAGGACUGGGUCCUGUGCCGAGCCCUGAACAACUUCACCAGACAACCAGCCUGCCAGGUGGCUGGUGGGCCGUGGGUCUGCCGCCUUUUUGUGGUGACUCCUGGCACCACCAGGCCUGCCAUGGAGAAGUGCCAUUUCCCUCUCAAGAGUGAGGCACUCCUGUUUCCCCACUUGACCCUGGAAGACCCGCCAGCCCUGUCCUCUCUGUUGAGUGGGGCUUGGAGGGACCAUCUCAGCCUUCACAUCUUGGAACUGGGGGAAAAGCCUGACAACGUGACAGAAAAGUCACUGUCUAAGAUCCAGCCAUAGGUGAAGGCACCGUUCCACCUUCUAUGUGGGUAGCUGGGCUGGGACAGAGCCCUGAUUCUCUUCCUUUCCUUUCCCUUCCAGAAUUCCCACCACUGCCUCUCCUGUGCAUAGGCUUUGGCUGCUCUACCUUCGGGGUAAGCUGGCACCUUUUUCCCCUUAAAGACCAAAGAUCUGACCAGUCACAAUCCUGAUGCGAAAGUCCCCAAAGAACCAACCACUGGUGUAACCAAUGGCACCUAAUGUCUGUUCCUGCUCUGUUUCUUCUAGCCACUGUGGUGUUGUGACAUGUAAUAGCACCUGGUUAUGAAAAGAGAGAUCUGCUAAUGACA